GGGACCAGCCGUGUCUUCUGGUAACCUGACCUCAGUUUUGGAGUAUCCAGGCCAGUGAGGCCAGAGAAGUCCACAGUGUAUUCCCGUGGCUACCUGCUGGGUGUGCACCUCGCCAGCUGUACUGCCUCCUGCUGUGGCUGACUGCCAUCAUCAUGCCUCAAGGAAACAAGGGCAAGCGCCGCACUCACAAGAAGCACCAAAAGACCAGCAACCCGACCCAGGAUCCCGCAGAUGCCCAGGCCCCUGAGGGGGUGCAGCAGGGGGAAUGGUCCCACCACUUGUCUCCUGAUUUUGUGGGUGCUCUCCCAAGCUCCCCUGCAGCCCAUGCUCCUCAGGGGUCUCUGAGAGGGAGACCUCUUGGCACUCCCUGGUCACGUGGUACCGAUCCAAAUUCUGAUGCAGAUGAGGAACAAGGGGCAAGGGCCGGGCUCUCAGAUGAGGCAGGUUCUGAGGUCUUCCUGCGAGAUCCUCUCAAUAGUAAGGCCAGUCAGUUGGUGAAGUUCCUCCUGGAGAAGUUUAUCAACCGACAGCCCUUUACUCAUGCAGACAUGCUGAAUGUUAUCAGCAAGAAGUAUAAGAAGCACUUCCCUGAGAUCCUCAGGAGAAGCUCUGUGCGUGUUGAGCUGGUCUAUGGGCUGGAUUUGGAGGAAGUUGACCCCAGCAACCGCUCCUAUAUCCUUGUCAACAAGCUAAGCCUCUCCAGUGAGGACAGUCUGACUGGAGAGAGGAGCUUGCCCAAGACAGGUCUUGUGAUGACACUCCUGGCUGUGAUCUUUAUGAAGGGCAGCCGUGCCUCUGAGGAGGAGAUGUGGCAAUUCCUGAGUUCCAUGGGUGUUUAUGCUGGAAGGAAUCACCCGAUCUAUGGAGAGCCCAGGAAGUUCCUCACCCAAGAUUUGGUGGAGGAACAGUACCUGGAGUACCGUCAGGUGCCCCAUCGCAGGCCUCCAGCCUAUGAAUUUCUCUGGGGUCCCAAAGCCUAUGCUGAAACUAGCAAAAUGGAGGUCCUGGAAAUGUUGGCCAAGAUCAAUGACACGGCCCCUUACUGCUUCCCUGUUCUCUAUGAAGAGGCUUUGAGAGAUCAGCAGGAGAGGGCAGAGCUCUGUGCUGUAGGGUGGCCUUCCACUGCAGCCAGGGCCGAGGCAGGUUCUCAGGCCAUGCCACACAGAUACUCUCACAUCUAAGAAGGUCUGAGGAACAAGUUUCCCUUGGCUUCAGAGGGGUAGUCAGAGCUGCAAGGGGUAAAAUUAGUACAGGCAGCAGGCAACAAAAUGUAUAUCUUUGGGUUUUUUCCCUGCAUUGUAUGAGUAAUUUUCUGUUAUCUCCCUGUGCUAGUUUUCUAAUGUUACUGCUAUUCAUUGAAAGUUGGUAUGAUUUCACACUCUACAUUUGCACCUGUCACGCAUCAUACAUUCACUGUUCUGUCCUGUUUAUGUCUAACGGUUUUGCUUCUGAAUAAAUUUAAGAGUUCUGAGCAAGA